UCCAUCUUUGUGUGUCGAGUGGCUUCAGUGAAUUGCGAUGGAACAGUAGCAAACAUAACCGCAUGGUUCUCGACUAAAUUUUCCUGCUUGCUGAGCAGUUCUGUCUCUUCCCUGUGUGACUUACAGUUUCUCUCGUUUCAGGUCCAAAGCGAAGACAGUGUUCUCCUCUUUGUGGUGGCCUGGACCGUCACGGAGAUCAUCCGUUACUCUUUCUACACCUUCAGCCUGCUCAACCAUCUGCCUUACCUCAUCAAAUGGGCAAGGUACACGUUUUUUAUCGUGCUGUACCCCAUGGGAGUGGCAGGGGAACUUUUGACCAUUUACGCCGCGUUGCCAUAUGUGCAGAAAACAGGGCUGUACUCCAUCACCUUGCCUAACAAGUACAACUUCUCCUUCGACUACCACACCUUCCUCAUCCUCGUCAUGGUCUCCUACAUCCCAUUAUUCCCUCAGCUCUACUUCCACAUGAUGCGCCAGAGGAAGAAAGUUCUGGGUCACGUGGAGGAGUACAGCAAAGUGGAAUAACUCGCUCCACAGUUGUCACACACAGCAGACUGAUCGCACCGAAAACGGAAACAAGCGGAUAACCUUUAAAAGCCACACUACAGCUGUUUUUUUUUUUUAAAGAAGACAAGGCAUUCUUGUCGAUUAAACAGGCCAGAUUUGCAGAAUGAUUGUUAACGAUACUGUUUUGAUCAAGAACUGUUGCAGUUGGUGAUUUUAGGGAUCCUGUAACUACACAAAUGACUUUUCCUCAGUUUAGAGGGAGAGAAAUGUUGUUUCCAUACUAAUACAUCAGGUUCUGUGUAAAACAUUUUUACAUUUUUAUUUUUGAUUCUAAAUGUAGAAUUACUGACCAAAUAUUGUAGCAGAUAUCACUCAGACAAAGGGCAAAAAUAUAGUUAGCUGCAUCUGGUGGCUUUAACCAGAAAAAA